AUGACGCUCUACGCGCGUAUCAUCUCGCUGUUGCUGCUGGUGGUGGUGGUGUUCGGGUGCAAGAUCGAGAUGAAUGUGCGCAAUGCGGCCAAGGCGCCCGUCGAGGUCGUCUUCCAGUUUUCGAAUGAGACAAAGUACAGGUUCAUGCUCACUGGCGAAAACGACCAGGAGAACUUCAUGAUGGAGCACGAGCGUUGCGCGGCCAAGCCGACCUGGAUGAGGGGGCAGAAGAAGGGAGACACGUUCGCCUUCCUCGACGGCACCGGAAUGCUCCGAUAUGUGGUGCAAGACUUUUUGCUGUUGCCCCGGAUGGUGUCUCGAAUGGGAACGUUUUGUUCGUUUGGCGAUUGUGGAUACCGCGGA